AUGCCUCCCCCCAACAAUUCUCAACCUCAAGUAGCUGUGCGAGAUGCUACGCAUGCGGUCGGCGCGGCAUUACGCCAAACCAAGUACGCCGUCAUUGGUGGAGCAGCAUGCAUGCUCCUCGGUUCGCCACGCAUUACUCAGGUGGAUUUCGUGGUCCCUACAGGACGGAUGGGCGCUGCUCGACAAGAGCUCCGAAAUGCAGGUGUCUUCACUAUUCAGUCAGGAACUCUCCACACCUAUUAUCAAGGGGUUGCGAUUGAGAUUCUUGAACCACCAGCCCUUUUCAAAGAACGAUAUGACGCGGAAACCCCAACGAUGGAAGUUGAACAUGUGCGCAUUCUCAAACCCGCACUCAUACUCAAUGCAAAAUGCCGGUCAAUCUUGGGACGGGCCAGCGAAGGCAAAAAAGGGACUGACGCUGAGGAUAUCCUAUUUCUUCUACAAUGGUUUGUGGACAAUCCACAGCACCCAAAACCGACUGCGGCAGAAGUCCCAAAUGCUACCAAAGAAUUCCACGAUUGGUUCACCGCGAUAUACUGCCCAUCACCGAAGGAUAAGGCUUUGUGGCCACAGGCCGGGUUCAAGAUAAGCACAGGCAAGUAA